AUGCUAUUAGAUGCUCUACUACAACAAGGCCCUUCAUAUGGCCUACUGGUCACUGUUGAUAAAUGUGAAGUUUUCUGGCCCUCUGGCGAUCAGACUGUACCCGAAUUUCCAUCUGAAAUCAAACGAGUCUAUCAGUCAGAGGGAGGCACUACUCUACUUGGGUCACCAGUAUAUGGUAAAGAUGAUUUCAUUGAUUCAACCCUUGCUAAGGUUGUCGCUAAAGUUCUGAAUUCUCAAAGCCAUCUCCAAGAUCUGGACAAUCCGCAAGUGGAACUACACCUCUUGAGAAGUUGUCUGGGUUCUUGUACACUGAACAGUCUCCUACGAACCGUUCCUCCAAGUCUUGGCAGCGACCAGUUUGUACACUUUGACAAAGGACUCCGAAGAUCUUUGGGUGUUAUAACCCACUCGUCUAUCUCUGAUUCUGCAUGGCAUCAGGCUACACUUCCGCUGAAAGUUGGUGGUCUUGGGUUAAAAGAAGCUGUACCAACCUCUUCUGCAGCCUUUCUUGGAAGCUGUAACUUUUCUCGGAACCUUGUCAGCUUCUUCCUGGACAAGGAAGCUUCCAAUACAACUGACUUAGAUGACAUCACCAACAGUCCUUAUGUCUGCAUUCCAGGUGAGAACCACGCUAGGAACAUAUUGCCCAAGUAUCUUGGAAGUGACACGAUCCCUCCCAAUCUCACAAAUGCUUCACAACGUCAAAUCCAAUCAAGAAUUGAUUCUCAUCUGUUGUCAAAUCUGAAAGAGGGUUUCAGUCUUCGGGAUCAAGCACGUAUUAACACCAUCUCUACACCUCAUGCAGGAGCGUGGUUAAAGGCAAUCCCUAACCCAAAGCUCGGUCUGGCCAUGCUCCGACAUGAACAUAUUUUAACAUGUAGAUACUGGCUUGGAAUCUCUAUCUUUCCGGACAGUCAACAAGCAGCAAGAUGUCCAUGCGGACAUGUCAUGGACUGUUUUGGUGAUCAUGUCCUUGGCUGCGGGCAUGGACCUCUUCGCAAAAAAUGCUAUAAUGCAAUCAGCGAGGUUAUCUGGCAUGCACUGCUUGUUGAUAACAGAGAUUCCAAACAGGAACAAAAGUGUGGAGGGGAAAGCAAUAAUAGAAUUGGUGAUGUGUUUCACCCAGAUUUCCUGGAGGGCCGUCCCGCAUUCUUUGAUGUGUCAGUGAGGAAUUCUAUGCAACCAUCCUAUGUCUACAAGGCAGCCAUAAAACCAGGUGCCGCAGCAGAAGCUGGUGAAUAG